GUCCAGACGACGACGUUUAAAAACAUCAAAUGUCACAAAAGAAAACAUGACUGUGCUGAUGAGAUGAAUAAAGAAGUGCGGUUGGAGUGCACGGCUAUAUGGCCAACAAGCUAAAAACCCUCAUGAUCUCCCAAUUCUUCACACCUAAACGAGAGGCGCCAUAUUUGCUACCAAUGACGUGCGUGGCUCUGCCCUGUAAGCAUGCAACUGCAGUCCUGACGCUAGUUUUCGUGACGAAACUAACCAAAAUAAUAGGUCUCAAUACGGUUUUAAACAUACUCCAGCUCAUAAACUUACAAGAAAAUGUGCUAUUUUUGGGAUCAAAGUGUAAUUUUUCAUUCGUCUUCAUUUUGUGAAUCAUGGUGCAGCGGAUGGUAUUACGGUAGCAGCUCAACUACUGACGUGGAUUGUCGCUGCCCUGCGUCAGGAAGCAUUACGGUAAUGACGCAAUCAUGUGGAUUCGAUCAACGCCGCGCCCACUUUCCAAACGAAAUCAUGAGUUUAUCGCCUUAUUUUUGCCUGUGUCGUUACGUCAUCAAUGUCUUAUCGCCCUUUAAAUGUACUCAUGCAAGAAAAUGAAAGUACAUAUUUAUUUAAAUGAUUAUGUAAGCCAGUUUUCACUUUGUUCGCGCAGUUGGACCGGAUAUAACUCAGCGCUUUUAUUGUGAAGCCGGAAGUAACGUGCCUUGACUUUAGCUGUGUGCUCACAAAAGACGUGACGGAUGGCAACAAAAAAAAGGGUCUGUGUAGUUCCCGCUUACCGUCUUUUCUGAGAGAAAAUUUUAAUAAUAAUUUAUUAAAUAUCCAAUUUAAUAAACUCUCGGUUACAUUUGUGUCACUUUAUGCUUUUUUUUAAUUAUUACACUCUCCACGCAAACCAAGGGCACUUUAAAUGAUUGUCAAGGAAAGAAAAAUAAAAGACGAUACAAAUAGAUUAUUCAAAAUAAUAAUAAAUAAUAUACAAUUAUAAAAAAUGGCUAAUCUAAAUCAGAUAGCAGUUUAAGGGCUUUUCUACUUUUAACUACUUUCCAAAAUCGUAAUUUUAACUAAUAAGCCAAUGUGAGAAUGUAGGUUUUAUUUUCAUAAUUUAUGUAUAAAAAUGUUUAGUUUGCAGCAUAAUAAUAUUGACUAGCAUUUCUACGUUACCAUCAUUUAUAAAUCUGCCCAAUUUGAUCUCUUCUGUUGUAAAAAUGUGGAACAUCUCCAACUUUAUUUUGGACACAACCGAAUGGCGGGUGACUUCCGGUAGAUAAGCCCCGCCCACUUGGUUACAGUUGUCUUGACAACGGCUGCGAGUUGAUUAGACGCUGAAACGCUCGCUGCCCGUUGGACUAAAUGACAUUUUCUGGUGAAAUUGAGUAAGUUUUAAGGGAGUUUGUAGUCAUUGUUGCUUCUUAACGGCAUUGUUGUGAGAAGAAGGAGCCGCCAUGUCGGAAGCACGUCAAGAUAAGUCGGUGAAAAGAGACAAGAGGACCAGCAAGGUGCCUUCGGAGGGAAGCCAUGUGGUAAAAGGCAAAGACACCGCUGGCAAGACCAAGGACUCUCUAAGCAACGUGUCCUGCAUCGACGAGCACCACGAUGAAAACACGCGCUUGGCGCUCACGCUGGAGAACACCUACCAGAUGGGACCUCGCAAACGCUUCCCAGCCCACGCUGCCUUGGAAAUCCUGAAGGACGUGCUGAGGAGUUACCUGCAGGAGGAGAAGUACGAGGUGGACUGGUCUCGACAGAUGACCAAAACCAUAUGUGAUCCGGGCCCGCGUGAAGGAGCUGAUGAUCCGCAGGUACAAGCUGGUGGUGCUGGUCCACAUCGGUCAGCUGGCCGGACAGAGCAUGCAGAUCAGCAGCCGCUGUCUGUGGGAUGCCGCCUUCGACACCUUCGCCACCUGGUCCUUCAAGAACAGCUCCCUGUACGGCGUGGCCUCGGUCUACGCCGUCUACUACGAGUGACAAAACACCUGCCAUUGUUGUUAGCCUGGUCCUUGGUCUUGGUCUGCCAGUACACCUGGUCUGGUGUCGCCACCUUGUUGGGACAGUCCUUCUCUGCCAAGACAGCACUCAACCACCAGGCCACAAUAAAGUUAGUACAGCGUCUACUUUGACUAGUAACCAGUAAUCUCAUUACUUUUAGCUCCAUUACACUUGAUGUAACCUGUAAUGGACCAUCCAAACAAUAGCCCGUUUGUUGACAAGAAGCUAUGACAGCCAUGGAAGCACAUUUAAUAUCUUUAUUCAGCAGAGGUAACACAAUCCGGUGAGAAGAAUAUUGAACAACAAAUCCAUGAAGGGACAAACUUGCCAUCCAAACAACAGCCCGUUUGUUGACAAGAAGAUAUGAAGCACAUGCGAUGUCUUUAUUCAGCAGAGGUAAACACAAGAUUCGAAAGAGCAGACACACUGCCGCUGCUAACUGCUAAAGCUAACAAACGCAGCACGCGGCGAAACCCUUGAUGACGUCACACGUCACUAGGCAACAGGCCCCGCCUUUUAAAAGCACACAGUCCGCACUGUGCUCUGUAUGAAUUGUCUUUCAACUGCAAAUGCUAGAUAUUUAACAUUUAACUACUUUACUUAGUAAUUAGUUACAUUUACUUCAGAGUAAUUUUUUGCGUAACUCAAUUACUUUUUUGAUAAAGGAACGAGUAACUAUAAUUACUUUUUCAGGCAUAAACAUGGUCAGUCAUUUGCAGGCAUGAGUGUAGUUAAAAUGGAGUUCAAAUGUAAUUAAAAUGGAGUUCAAAUCUAGUUAAAAUGUAAUUAAAAUGGAGAUAAAAUGUAAUUAAAAUGGAGUUAACAUUUAAUUAAAAUGGAGUUAAAAUCUAGUUAAAAUGGAGUUAAAAUGUAAUUAAAAUGGAGUUAAAAUCUAGUUAAAAUGGAGUUAAAAUGUAAUUAAAAUGGAGUUAAAAUCUAGUUAAAAUGGAGUUAGAAUGUGAUUAAAAUAGAGUUAAAAUGUAAUUAAAAUGGAGUUCAAAUCUAGUUCAAAUGGAGUUAAAAUGCAAUUACAAUGGAGUUAAAAUCUAGUUCAAAUGGAGUUAAAAUGUAAUUAAAAUUGAGUUAAAAUCUAGUUCAAAUGGAGUUAAAAUGUAAUUAAAAUGGAGUCAAAAUUUAGUUCAAAUGGAGUUAAAAUGUAAUUAAAAUGGAGUUAAUAUCUAGUUAAAAUGGAGUUAAAAUGUAAUUAAAAUUGAGUUAAAAUCUAGUUAAAAUGUAUUUAAAAUGGAGUUAAAAUCUAGUUAAAAUGUAUUUAAAAUGGAGUUAAAAUGAAGUUAAAAUGUAAUUAAAAUUUUGUUAAAAUGGAGUUAAAAUGGAGUUCAAAUGUAAUUAAAAUGCAGUUAAAAUCUAGUUCAAAUGGAGUUAAAAUGUAAUUAAAAUGGAGUUAAUAUCUAGUUAAAAUGGAGUUAAAAUGUAAUUAAAAUUGAGUUAAAUUGUAAUUAAAAUUGAGUUAAAAUCUAGUUAAAAUGUAAUUAAAAUGGAGUUAAAAUCUAGUUCAAAUGUAACUAAAAUUGAGUUAAAAUCUAGUUAAAAUGGAGUUAAAAUGUAAUUCAAAUGUAAUUCAAAUUGAGUUAAAAUCUAGUUAAAAUGUUAUUAAAAUGGAGUUAAAAUCUAGUUAAAAUGUAACUAAAAUGGAGUUAAAAUCUAGUUAAAAUGUAAUUAAAAUGGAGUUAGAAUCUAGUUAAAAUGUAACUAAAAUGGAGUUAAAAUCUAAUUCAAUGGAGUUCAAAUGUGCUGACUGGUGUAAAAAUGCUGCUAAACCCAGAAAGUGCAAACUGAUAAAAAGCUUUUUAUCACAUUUUAAAAUCAGGACUAAGGUUUAAAUGGACUGAGACUAAUCCAUGCCUUUGUCUCCGGCAGGUUAGACCAGGGCUUCUUAACAUUUUUGUCCUCGGGGGCCCAACUUUUCCACAAUACAGGGGCCCACUCAAAUAUUAACACUAAAUGAGUAAUCUUACUCUUAGACUUUGAAGUGUUGAUCACAGAGAUGAUGAUCAAGGCUUAGGUCAGGCUGAUUGCAACAAAUAUUUGUUUUUAUAUCAUGUUUUUUUUACAAAGUGCUCAAAUAAACUAACUAAAUAAUAAUACUAAAUGUUUAGUAUUAUUAUUUAGAACUGAAAUGACAGCUUCACCACUUCAGUCAUAUUUUUGCAGCUAAGAAACCAGACUUCUUCUGUGUGUGUGAUAUUGUCACUACUGCCACACGUGGUGGAAAAGUGCAUUACACCUGAGAAACAUAGUUUUGGGGGCCCCUCUAGAGGGCCCUCGCUGACCAACAACGUGUGAAGAAACACUGGGUUAGACUACUGUCCUGGUCUUCUCACUGGACUCUAAAGCAGCUGCAGAACAUCCACAAUGCUGCUGCUCGAGUCCUGACUAGAACCAGGAAAUAUGACCAUAUUAGUCCAGUGCUUAGGUCACUGCACUGACUUCCUGUUGCUCAGAGAAUAGACUUUAAAACAUCUCUCUCUGUGUACAAGAACCAUAUGAACCAUCUCUAGCUCUAAGGAACCUCUAGAACCAUAUUAACCAUCUCUAGCUCUAAGGAACCUCAGGAAGUGGUCUCCUGCUGACAUGUUAGAACCAUAUGAACCAUCUCAACCUCAGGAAGUGGUCUCCUGCUGACAUGUUAGAACCAUAAGAACCAUCUCCACCUCAGGAAGUGGUCUCCUGCUGACAUGUUAGAACCAUAUGAACCAUCUCAACCUCAGGAAAUGGUCUCCUGCUAACAUGUUAGAACCUUAAAAACCAUCUCAACCUCAGGAAGUGGUCUCCUGCUGACAUGUUAGAACCUUAAGAACCAUCUCAACCUCAGGAAGUGGUCUCCUGCUGACAUGUUAGAACCAUAUGAACCAUCUCAACCUCAGGAAAUGGUCUCCUGCUGACAUGUUAGAACCAUAUGAACCAUCUCAACCUCAGGAAGUGGUCUCCUGCUGACAUGUUAGAACCAUAUGAACCAUCUCAACCUCAGGAAAUGGUCUCCUGCUGACAUGUUAGAACCAUAUGAA